CAUAACAAACAGGUUGCUGUUGAUCACACAGGAAGGAUUCUAGUCCGGCAAUUUCUUCACAUUUUCUCAAUUUAAUAAUGCAUUAAUUAUAAGAUGCAGUUAAUCGGAAAAUAAAUUAUCUUUUGGGGAGUUUUGGCGCACCCUUAAUUCCUUUUAACAGAAGUUGCACUCCCAGUAGAGUGUACGUAACAACUUGUGACACUUUCCAUUAAAGGUUUUCUCCAGGCACACAGGUAUCCACAUUAACGAUGUUUCGACGACGCCACUGGAAGCGAAUGCUAGCUUACUUGACGGCAACGACAUUUCUGUUGACGUUCAUAGGCCUGCUUGUACAGCAUGUUCGAUAUACGACCAGACAGAAAAAUGAGUUACCUUCGUUAUCGGGGAUGGAUGAAAUUAUGGCUGGACGGUCAAGAAAAGAGAUGCGUAACAGCACGAGGAAGAAGGGGAUAGUUACAAUAGACAAGAAGGAAGAGAAUAAGACAGUGUUGACACAUCCAGAGCCCACCGAGGCGGGCUGUAUGGACCUAGAUCACUUGGACAGAGACAAGGCACUAAUCCUCGGUCAUCGCAGAAAAGACAAAGGCUUUCUGACGAUUGGCGUGACUACAGCCGAAAGAAAGAAUGCCAGCUACUUGGACCAGACGUUGAGAGCCUUCAUAAAAAACGCCAACGACACCGAAAGGUCGCAGAUGCGGAUCGUCGUGUUUGCGUGCGACUACCACGAACGAGGUCGGAAAGAGGCUUUGAAAGUGGUAGCCAAGUACUCCGAGCACAUUCAGAGCGGCCUCUUGCAACUCAUCAUAGCACCGAGGUCUUUCUACCCCUCCUUCUCGAACCUGAAGCAUACCUAUGACGAUUCAGAGGAGCGAGUGCAGUGGCGCUCCAAGGAAAAUAUCGACAGCGUCUUCUUAUUCGCCUACUGUGCCGGUAUGUCCGACUACUUCCUGCAAAUGGACGACGAUCUGGAAGUAUCCAACCCGGGAUACUUCCAAAUAAUCCGGAGUUUUAUCAAUGAUCGCUCCGGGGACAACUGGGUGUUGCUGGACAUCGGUUCCACUGGCUCCGGCAAGCUGUUCCGUGACGAAGACGUCCUUCCCAUGGCUCGUCUCUUGGUUCAAUUCUACCAGGAAGAUCCCGUAGAUUACCUCUUCGCGUACUUCGGUGCCCUUCGCAUUCAGAAGGAACGCUUCGUGGUCCAACCUCCCCUGUUCAAACACUUGGGAGUGGUAUCUACGUUGGGUUUAAAAAAUAGAAUGAGGCAGAAAAAACCCGCCAAUGUCGCUGCCAUAAAGGCCAAUGUUGCUGCCAUGAAGGCCAAUGCAGCUGCCGCAAAGAGCAAAGCUGAAGCGGCCCAGAGAGCCAAAUGACUCAAGAAAGCUAAUUAAUUUUAGAAACUUUAAGCAGAUUUUGUCAGGUGCAACUUGACAUUUCUAAUCGAGACAAGCCCAGAGAUACGUUUAAAAUAGAGAUGUUGAGGUUGUUAUCAUGUUGAAGUAUCAAUUCUAGCGAAAGCGAAUGGCUGUAAUUGGUAGCGAUGUCUCCAUAAACGAUCAAUUAGCAAUGGCUAUGGGACUAUAACUUUUUAAAGCAGGAAGUAUAGUGCAGUGCCUGUAUUUCAUAAACCAGCGAAGUGCAGUUUCCACCACAGGAGGCUCUGUUGCUAGGAACAUCAGUGCCUUCUCUUGGUCCCGCUUGAGGCGGAUAGACCCCUCAGGUAUAUGUAUAUUGCCCAGUAUGCGCAUGGGUGGCUAACAUUUGCAAAAAUAUUACCCUAUAAUUGGUGUUGUAUUGUACCUAAAAAUGUAUACUAUACGGCUCAUUAAAGCUGUAUUAUUCUUGCUUUUCUCUUCCGAGCGAGUUUUGAAGGAAUGUGAUGUCAUGCAAGGAAUAAAGUUGCUUGUUCGUAUGGAGGCCUCUUUGCAGUUUAAAAAUUGUUCUUUAGUAUUGCACUAAAGUGCACAUGCAACAGCUUAAAAAGUGAACAAAAUCUGAAUAAAUAUUUGGUGACGUGGUCUCACGCAUCGCA